AUGGCAACGUCGUCUAGCUAUCUCCAACCUCCUGCAACCUAUUAUGAUGUAGUAACUAGUAGAGAGCGUUUCAUGGAUACUUUGGAGAAGCUUCAUACUAGUAGCGGAACGAAGUUCUGGAUUCCAAGCAUAGAAGGGAACGAGAUUGACCUGCACAGACUCUUUGUGGAGGUAACUGCUCGUGGUGGCUUCCAGAAGGUAAGAAGCAAAGGGAGAUGGAACGAAGUGACUGCUAUUUUCAACAUUCCCACUGCUACAAAUGUAUCUUCGGUGCUGCAAGGAUAUUACGCUUCUCUGCUUCUUCACUAUGAACUAGUCUACUAUUUUAACGCUUGUGAUUUGAUUCCUGUUUCUUCUGAUCGUUUUCAGAACCCAUCCAUUACACAUAAUCCUACUCAAGGGACAAUACAGCCAUCCAUAGAAAUUCAUGCAGCAAGGCCAGUCUCAACAGCAGGCUCUCUUUUCAAUGGAAUCAUUGAUGGUAAAUUCGAUGGUGGCUAUUUUGUCACUGUGACAAUUGGCUCAGAGGAGUUACAAGGAGUACUUUAUCAGCCUACAGAGUGUGCAGCACCCCAAGUAUCACAGGAAUAUGGCCUAUUUGCCCGCAACAGUGAUAAUGCUCAUGCUUCAUUGGGUGUGCAACGCCGGAGGCGUAGGAAGAAAUCUGAGAUAAGAAGGAGGGAUCCUGCUUAUCCAAAGCGUAGCAAAAGUGCAUAUAAUUUCUUUUUUGCUGAGCAACAUGCAAUAUUGAAACCACUUCACCCUGGACAGAGCAGAGAAAUUAGUAGAAUGAUUGGUGAAAGAUGGAACAACUUAAACAAAACAGAAAAAAUGGUUUACGAGGAGAUGGCUUUCGAAGAUAAAAAGAAGCAUAGAGCUGCUAUGGAGCUUUACUGGAAAGGAUUAGGGAUAGUGCCUCUACUGCAAGGACUUCCAGAAGCAGAUGUAGAUACGGCAGACGCAGAUAUGAAGCUUGAAGAAACUGAAGGUGGUGAUUCUCCUCAAACUCCAGACAAUGCAAGCGGCUCCAGUACAGAAAGUGAUUUUGGAGAUGAUAAAACUGCAGAUAAGGAUUUAGACAUGGAAGAAUGA